AUGGUCUCGUCAUUAGACGUGAGACCCCAUUUCUUCGCCGGGCAGAGCCGACCAGUAUCAUCGACAUCAGUAUCAAGCACGAGUAGCUCUCUCAACGCAAUUUCCACACCCAUCAAUUCCACCACAUUCUCGCUACCAAAGAUGGCUUCCGGAGCACACAACUACAGCUUUGCUCUGCAAAAGUACAUGCUCCUCCAGGAGCAGCACCAAGAGCUCUGCGAUCGUCUCGACCAGAUCCGCCCCGAGCUCACCAUUACCACCCGUUCCCUUAACUCGUCACCAUCCACAUCACCUACACGAUCUUCCUCAUCAUCACUCUCGGUCCCCUCGUCACCGAAGCGCCAUUCCCGAAGCAGCGGACGACAUCAUUCGCGUACCCACGCCCGGUGCAGUGGCUGGGAGGACCGCAACGAACUCACCACCAUUGUCGACGAGGAGACUCUCUUUGAGAUCUCGGCCGAGGAGCAUCGCCUAUCCGAGGUCAACGAGAGCAUCAAGCGCACCCUGACAGAGCUUCUCAACUGCAGCAGCGUGCGUGCCGACCGGGCAUUCAGGACCUGGGUUCAGACAAGACUCAUGGAGACGGAAAAGGAACUCCGGAUUGGACGAAGGCGACGAAGCUCGGGCAACGAGUAG